GCUCCUGGUACUGCUUCACUUUCCAUGUCGAAUAAGAGAAUGGUAAAAGCUGGAGUGUAGUGAUGUCGUGGUAUUUUCAUUCUGUUCAGAUGUCUGGUUUUUGGUCCUUUAGCGAGCAAUAUGAAAACGUUUACUGUAGGAGCAUUUGUGGUAUCCCAGAGUGGAUUUAACAUCUUUUCCACACAGAAAUAUGGACUGGGAAUUCGUUAGUGUGGUUUUGUGGAGGCUGACAGUGCACCUGGGGAUUCCACUUUAUGCUGACCAGCAGCACCUGUGGCAUCUUUGCCUGUGUUUUGGGAGGCUUUUGUGUCCUCCUUUUGCCAUAUUUUGGGAGUAGUUGCCUGGGCUGGAUUGUGGCUCAGCCAUGCACCCCACAAGGUCAGGAAGAUUUGCUAUUAUAACAGAUAAAUACAAUAUGAAUUACUGGGUUUUUUUGCUAUAUUAGUGAUGUGUAACCUCAUUGUAUUUGUUUUGGCCUGUCCUGCAUACUUCAUGUGAAAAGUUCAGAGACACUAAAUACCAGACAGUAAGUUAAAAAAACAUGAGAAAACAAGACACACAGAACACCUUAUCAUGUUCCAAACAACAUUCCCUCUCCAAGUGACUUUCGAUGGGAAAAAAAAGAGAUUGUCUAGGAUGAAGGCAAAGAAUUGUAACCUGUUCUUUCCUUUUUAGAAGAUUUCAGUCACAGGGGAUUCAGGUUUACCCUAAUUYCUACCUUGUAAAUUAAGAGGAAAUUAGCAUGUGAAAUGUUUUGGUUCUACUGACAGCAAAGUCCAAGUUGUUAACUAUUUUAAGCAAUGAAUUGUAUCAGUUUUAUCACGGCAGUUUUCUUUUUCCAGAUUGAUUUCAACUAGUCAGUAAUAAAUAAAAUCGUUUUCAAUGUCUGAAAAUAAAUAUGGCCAUGUAAAUUUCAGWAAGUGGUUUCUCCUUUUCUUUUUCAGCUGUUUUUAUCCUGGGUAGGAGCCAGUUCUUCGUGUGUCAGAACUCUUCAUUUUGAGUUUUUAUUUCAGUAGUGCUUCUAAGAAGAUGCCCAGUACAGAUCCCCUCACAGAUACAGAGAAGGGGGACCUGAAGAAGCCAACUUUCUGCUUGUCUGAUGGAAAUUCAGGGACCAUUAUGGGCCCUCAUGGAAUCAAUCGAGCUGUGCAUCGCCUCUCUUUCUCUGACUGCCAGAAUGGAUUAGGAGUUAAAAUUAUUGGAGGUUAUCGGGCACAAACAGCAGAAGAUUAUGGAAUUUUCAUAAAGAGAAUUCUGCCUGGAGGGGUUGCUGCUGUGGAUAGCCGUUUGCUCACUGGGGACCUAAUUUUGGAUGUCAAUGGAGAAAACUUGAUYGGAGUAACAAAUGAAAGGGCWGUUGACAUCUUGAGAACAGCCUCAGCCUCUAAUCACAUGUCUCUGCUCAUUACUAGAGAUGAAGAAGCAAAGAAAGAAUUUCACGACCUGAUGGAUAAGUACGGCUCUCACAGUGACACCAGCUCUGCAAGGACUUCUCCAACACAUCAGUUAGCUGCCAAAUCUCUAGAAAGCCUUUCUUCUGGGUCAUCCUCGAGGUCACAGAGUCCUCAGUUGCAUCCGAAGGAUAACAUCACCACCAGCAGCAGCAGAAAUAAUUCUGUCCCAGCAGCAUCCCCAAAGCCUGCAAAUGAUAGUGCAUUUCAGAUUAUCUCUGUGUGCAAAGGAACAAGCCURGGUUUGAAUAUUGUGGGAGGAAUCAACAGAAAUGAAGGGCCUUUGGUAUAUAUUCAAGAAGUUAUUCCUGGUGGUGAUUGCCAUAAGGAUGGACGAUUGAAGCCUGGGGAUCAGCUCGUGUCCAUCAACAARGAGUCCAUGAUUGGAGUCUCCUAUGAAGAGGCAAAAACUAUCAUCAACAGAACAAAGAUGAGGUUUGAAAACUUUUGGGAGAUAGCUUUUAUUAGGCAGAAAAACAUCCUCAGUCAUCCAGAGAMUCUGCAACGUCCUCUCAGCCUCCUAACAUCAGUAGCACAUGCAGAGCAACAGGCAGCAGCACUCGGUCCUCUUCUCUCUCCCAAUGUGAAACUGAUUUCAACAUUCUCUCCAGAUGCUAUGGAAACUGGAGUCAAGAUGGGGGAGCAAUCUCCAAUUACUGSUCCAGACAGCAAUCCUGCUGAUGUGUCUGCCACGGUUAUUUCCCCCAGCCAGACUGAUGAUUCCCAAGGAAGGAACUCGAGUAUUCGUCUCAAAACAGAAAAGCUGGAGAGGGCACUGAAUUAUCUUGGGAUUCAGCUCACAGAUGAGCAGCAGCAAGCCCUAAGGCAGCAACUUCAGAAAGAUUCUAAAGGAACAGUGUCUUUUGGAGAUUUCGUUGAAGUUUCAAGGAAUCUGUUGUCUGGGCAAUCAAAUGCAGCUGAUGAUGGCCACAAAUCUUUUGGGGUCAGUGAAGUUGCCAACKUACAGGACUCACAGUUUGUAAGCAGUGAUUCCUUGGAGGAUGAUGUGGAAAGACUUAAGAAAGAAAGAAAUGAAGCUUUAAAGGAAAUSAGUAAAUUAAAGGAAGAGUUGUCUGAAUCUGUGAACUUACAGAAACAGUUGACAGAGCAGCUACAAGCAGUCAAGCAAGAAGCCAAGGCAGCUGUGGAGGAGACGAGAGCCCUGAGGAGCAGAAUUCACCUGGCAGAGGCUGCACAGAGACAGGCCCGGGGCAUGGAGCUGGACUAUGAAGAAGUGAUUCGCCUGCUGGAGGCUGAAAUUGGAGAGCUGAAGGCUCAGCUCGCUGAACAUUCUGGCCAAAAUAAAGAGAACAUUCAAGACUUGAGAAAGAGGGUUACAGUGCUCGACUGCCAGCUGCGGAAAUCGGAGUCGGCCAGGAAGACCUUUGAGGUGACUACUGAAAAACUGCUGCAAUUUGUGGAGGUUGUGCAUGAARUACUUUCAGAUAAUUCUACUUCCUCAACAGUUUUAAGUGACAGGAGAACAACAUUGUCCACUAAGGCACUUCUGGCACGGCUGGGAAGGGUCGGACCCACUGUCACAGCAGCUCUUGCMGCAGAAGCCAGGGAUCUUGCCAAGUCUGUCCGUGCCAUUUUGGAAGUAGAUUGUCUGCCUUAUGGAUGGGAAGAAGCUUACACAGCUGAUGGAAUCAAAUAUUUUAUCAACCACGUGACCCAGACAACAUCCUGGAUCCACCCUGUGACGAGCGCGCUGAGCCUGCUGUGCCCCGACGAGGAGGAGGAGGAUGGCAUCAGAGAUGGGCCCAAGAGCUGAGCCUGGCUGGGGACACACAGUAGUUUGUCUGCUUUUAGUCCCUUAGUGAGAAGUUGGUUUUAAUCCACCUCYUUUCUAGUGAGAUUCAGUAGUUCCUGGUGACGUUUGUCCCCGUUGAGCUGGAGGAAGCUGUGCUGGUUUCCAGGUGGGUUUGUUGAUGGGUGCUGCAAAGGAUGCAGGUGCCACAGGAGUCCUUGAUCUGCCCCAUUUUGGUGUGCAGGGAUCAGUCUCACCUUGGGCCYGGCCCAAUCUUUCCAUGAUUUCCCCUUGGAGCCAUCAUUUCCCUGGCCUGAAGUGAAUUUUUCACAGUUUUGAGCAACAUGAGAUGUAAGAUGGGACCAUCGGUGGUGGAUUCCAGCUGAUGGUUGACUGAGAGAUGCAAAAUGAGGUGCAGUUUUURAACCAAUGCUCCUGACUAUAAUGCAGGUGACUUAACUGAAAAUCCUUAUUUUUAUGGGAGAAAUCUGCAAAUAAGUUUUGCUAGUAGAAAUUUAGUGGUUUGUUACAAAUAUUGGAGCCCUGAUGACUUUUAAAACAAACACUAAGACUGGUUGUUGAGCUUUAGAAAAAUGUGUCUUUGAUAAGUAAAAAGUUGUCAAGCAAAAAGAAAGUUUUGGUAGAGGACACCAUACUCUGACAACAAUAUGAGGCAAGAAUGAAAAUUAUUCUACUUUUGUACUCUGCUAAACCGAUACAGACACACAUCAAAUACUUCAGUGGAAGCUGUGAAGUUUCAAGUACAAUGAAACCUGUGAAACCACCUCCAGGAUCAGCAGAAAUCAGUCACCUCCUCAGAACUGGUCUUUUAAGUAGAACAAAAUGAUUUUGUACACGCUGGUGAUGCUUUAAAGAGCAUAAAGAAAAGGAUGGGGGGUGCUGGUGCGAGUUAAUGAACAGGUUUCUGUGUACCUCAAUAGCACAGGAUAUUUUAAAUCUCAUUAUUYGCAGCACAAUGUCUGAUCUUUGUCAAAUGUGUGGUUCUGUGCUGCAUUUCUUUGUGUGUGUGUUGUGUGUACAGUGGUGGGUGUUGCUGAUGACUGAGCCAGCCCUGAGCCUGCAGGAGCAGGAAAUCCAAAGGAAACCUCAAUCUCUGUGCUUCAGGCCAGGAGGGAGAGGGGGAUUGUGGCAGGGUGAGGAAGGCACAGGCUGCAACCCCAUUUUUUGAGGUUUUUCUCCAGCAGGUGUGGCUUUGGAGUUAAGAAUCCUCGUCCUGUGAGGAAUGAAUAUCAAAACCAGACUCGACUGUGCUCUGUGUCCUCAGCACUGCAGAGCUGUGCCAGGUCAGGCUCACUGGAACUGUUGAUCCUUUUGGACCAAAAUAUUUCACCUUUUUUCAAAAYCCAAGUCAGGUCUCUGAACAGCAGCCCAGCAAGCUCCUGCGCUUGGCCUGAGAGCUGGAGGGAGCACAUCACCAAAUGUUCUUCCUGCAGCUCACAAAAGAGGCCUUUGCAGGAUUUGCAGGAAGUAGAUGUCAGGAUAUAUUGAAUAAGCAAAAAGGAAAAAUUCGUUUUGURCUUUUAACUAGGUCAGACCCAAAUUAUCUGUGAAUCUACACAGGUGGUGUGGAUUAGGGAGAAAAGCUUGCUCAGCAGACCCACAGCAAGUUCCAUUUCUAAGAAACCUUCUCCUAGCAAUAACAGAAAUUUUUUAGCCAGAUUUGCUCCAGUGGCUUCUGCAGCCUCCUUUGUGCUCCUGGAGAGCCCAGGCUGAAGGGACAGAGCCGGUGCUUCAGUUUCAGGCUUGGACACUCCAGAAGCAUUUUUAUUUUUAUUUAAAUCCCUUCUCUCAGAAUGGCACAGACUUGUGACCCACAGAGGAUAUGGGAUGUUCUGAAUUCCUUGUGCUCUUUGCUGUAGCUGUAGCAGUCAUUUGGAUGCUUUAGGGCAGCACUUUGUGUUCAUCCCUCAGUGAUAUCCAGCCCGAAGAUGCUCAAAAUAGAUUUCUGCAUCUCUUCAGCUGCUCCGGUGAGCAUUUCCCUCCUCAGAUAAUCCACCAGUUCACUUUCUCUGCAGUUGAGAAUACAUUUUCAUACCUACAAUCUCCAAAUGUUCCAAUCUAUUUUUGUACGCUGGCAUACUUGUUUCCUAGGUUAUUUCUCUUGAUCUCCCCUUGUCUCUUCUUUUAUGUGAAAUAGUUUUGUGAAAAUUAUUUUGAUUAAGCUGAAGUGUGUAUAUUGAGAAAAUGGUUCUAGGRUAACUUUGAACAGGAUUUGUAAAGAGCAGUUGUCAACAUGUGCAACACUGUAAACAGCAAAUUUUCAUUUUUAUUCCUGAAUAAAAAAAAAUGAGUGGAAAAUAUA